AUGGAACUCUUCGUGCUGCCGCAUAUCCCAGGUGAGACCACGAGCAGCUUGCCUAGCCGACUCCACCGACGGUCAAGAUUCCACGGCUUUCCGUGUUGCAAAAAGGGAUAUCUUCCAGUGGCAGGAGCCACUUUUGCCUUGGCUGCUGCUCGUCGAGGGCGCUUUUCCAAGGCUGUGGUUCGACGUGUGGAUCCCGAUCCUGUGGCUUUUUGCCCUCCAAGUGCAUAUGCUCCAGAGGCAGAUGACUUGGAUUACUGGCAAUAUCCGGAGUAUGACUUUCUGAACUAUGAAGCCUGGGACAUGGAUGGCUAUUUAGCACUCCUCCAGGAUGCCAGUGCCGGUGGCGACUGGCAACAUGCUUCCUCACUGCUGGAGGAGAUGCGUUCACAUGGCCUACAGCCAGAUGUGCCUUGCUACUCCUUGGUACUACAAGCCUGCCGCCGAGGUGGCGGUGGCAGCAAGGCGUCUGAAGUCUUGGAAGAAAUGUGGAAGAAGGAGCUGCUACCCACUCCCAGUUGCUAUGGUGAUGCCAUUGCAGCUUGUCACGAGGAAGGUCGAGAAGACUUGGUCGGGCAACUGCAGGGCAGUCUGAGCUCCGGAGCAUGGGACCAGCGCCCCAGGCGUGGCACAACCAACAGCAUGCGGAGCCAACAAGUUUUUUUGAGAUGGGCUGGGCUUGGCGUCGGGGUGGGCCCUGCAGGCACAGCGUUUCCAGUUGGUGCCAAAGCCAGAGAUUGGUUGGGGCAAAGAGGUCGCGAUGAUGGGCCGCUGCCUCGAAACUCGAGCGCAGGAACGGACAAGGUUCGCCAGUGGACCAUGCUGGCAGGGCACCCAGCCUCCGAAAGUCUGAACUUCGUUCACCGUUUGAGAUUCUGUCUUGCGAGUCUCUAG